AUAAAACAUUCCUUAUAUCAAGCAACCAUAGGGCACAAUUUUCUGUUUUUUUUAAAAUUUACUGAUAGCGAGGGGCACACUCCAAUACUCAGACAUAAUUAUGUGCAGUAGGGAUGACAUGGGAUUUUCUCUUGAAGUGCGUGAAUUGGACCAUUUUCCUGUCCUGCUAAGCAUUGAAAAUGUAACGAGUACAUUUGGGUGUCAGGGAAAAUGUACGGAGUAGAAAGUACAUUAUUUUCAUUAGGAAUGUGGUGGAGUAAAAGUAAAAAAAUUCAAGUAUUUUUACUUACGUUUAAGUCAUUUAGCAGACGCUCUUAUCCAGAGCGACUUACAAAUUGGAAAGUUCAUACAUAUUCAUCCUGGUCCCCCCGUGGGAAUUGAACCCACAACUCUGGCGUUGCAAGCGCCAUGCUCUACCAACUGAGCCACACGGGACCGUACUUAAGUACUUUACACCACUGCAGCUUGGCUCUCAUCUUAAGACUGGUACUUAUUUUGUUGAAAGGUUUUCUCCAGGUUCAAGAUUUGAUUGGUCUGGUGUGUUUAACUUUGCUGUCUGUAUUGCCUCUGUCUCAGAUUACAGAAAACAACACAGUAAACACACAGUUCCAUUUCAAUUCUGUAUAACCAUAUUGAACAAUUCAGGUUUAUGAAUAUCAUAAUGCCUAUCAGAUUUCAAAGCUGUUUUAAUUUUAGGUAUGCUGAUUGGACUGGUAUUUUAAAAAUUAUAUUGCUGUUAACACAUAAUCCCUUAACCUCUCUAGGUAGCGUCCCACCUCUUCAACAGCCAGUGAAACUGCAGGGCGCCAAAUUCAAAACAACAGAAAUCCCAUAAUUAAAAUUCCUCAAACAUACAUGUAUUUUACACCAUUUUAAAGAUACACUUGUUCUAAAUCCAGCCACAGUGUCCGAUUUCAAAAAGGCUUUACGACGAAAGCAAACCAAACGAUUAUGUUAGGUGAGUGCCUAUUCACAGAAUAAUAUUUAUAUCCAAAAAUCUGAGUUUACAUUGGCGCCUUACGUUCAGAAGUAACAAAACAUCCUUUGAUUUUGCAGAGAGCCACAUCAAUUUACAGGAAUACUCAUAAUAAACAUUGCUAAAAGAUACAACUGUUAUGCAUGGAAUUUUAGAUGCACUUCUCCUUAAUGCAACCGCUGUGUCAGAUUUCAAAAAAGCUUUACGAAAAAAGCUAACCAUGCAAUAAUCUGAGUCGGCGCUCAGAGCCCAAUCAAGACACAAAUAUAGCCACCAUAUUUUGCAGUCAACAGAAGUCAGAAGUAACAUUAUAAACAUUUACUUACCUUUGAUCUUCAUCAGAAUGCACUCCCAGUGCAAUGCACUCCCAGUUCGCUAAUGUCCAUCAUUUAUGUCCAAAUUCCUCCUGUUGUUCUAGCGUUCAGUACACUUUCCAAACUCACGACGCGCGGGCAGGUCCAGCGGAAAGUACGGACGAAAAGUUAAAGUUAUAUUACAGUCCGUAAAAACAUAACAAACGAAGUAUUGAAUCAAUCUUUAGGAUGUUUUUAACAUAAUUCUUCAAUAAUGUUCCAACCGGAGUAUUCCUGUGUCUUCAGAAUUGCGAUGGAACAGAGCUCGCUCUGACGUGAAUGCGCAUGGUCAGAGCAUGGUCACUUCAUGGCAGACCUGACUCAUUCCUCUCUCCUUCGGCCCCACUAAACAGUAGAGGCAUCAGACAAGGUUCUACCGACUGUUGACAUCUAGUGGAAGCCUUAGGAAGUGCAACAAUACCAAUAUCCCACUGUAUCUUCAAUAGGAGCUGAGUUGAAAAUCGACCAACCUCAGAUUUCCCACUUCCUGGUUUAAUUUUUUCUCAGGUUUUUGCCUGCCUGAUGAGUUCUGUUAAACUCACAGACAUCAUUCAAACAGUUUUAGAAACUUCAGAGUGUUUUCUAUCCAAAUAUACUAAUAAUAUGCAUAUUCUAGCUUUUAUGGCUUUGUAGCAGGCCGUUUCCUCAGGGCAUGCUUUUCAUCCGGAUGUGAAAAUACUGCCCCCCGACCCCACCUUUGUUCUUCUCUUUUCCACUGCAGCUGCAUCGAGUCCAUCUAGUGUGUCCCCUGAACUCAAGGCUGUGGCCCUGAGAUGUUACCUCCCCCUUGGGCAUGGAGAUGGCAACAGGCAGGGGUAGGAUGCAUGCUGACUAUGCACAGUCCUGCAGUCAAUGAUGGGACAGGAUGGCUCCCAAGCUGGCCAAUUCAGAGAGUAGGGCACCAGACCUGAUGCCUCAAUAUCAUGUUUGACCUUUGGGGUUCAAUGUUGUGCUGGUCUUGACCUGACUGAUGCCUGGACAGCCUUAUCUGAGCUUGUAGACUGUGGUCUGUGCUGUAGACUGGUGCAUGAAUGGUCGCAUGUGGUCCAGAGAAAAGUGGUCCAGACAGCCACUGGGCAACCAAACCCUAGAUCAGGGGUGUCAAACUCAUUCCACGGAGGGCCUAGUGUCUGCAGGUUUUUGGUUUUUCCUUUCAAUAAAGCCCUAGACAACCAGGUGUGGGGAGUUCCUAACUAAUUAGUGAUGUUAAUUCAUCAAUCAAGUACAAGGGAGGAGCGAAAACCCGCAGACACUCGGCCCCCCGUGGAAUGAGUUUGACACCUGUGCCCUAGAUUGAUUGGAUUCAUCUUCAAGCCAUGUCAUCUCUCAGUUGAUCAUAAGUUGUUGUUUCCCUUCCUUUUCAAAGGGUUGUCAUUGACGUCUGUGCUGUAAGUCUUUUUCUUAUCCAGUAACCACGUUUCCAUCCACAGUUUUUAUGCAAGUAAAGUCAUCAUAUACAGUUGAAGUUGAAAGUUUACAUACACUUAGGUUGGAGUCAUUAAAACUCGUUUUUCAACCACUCCACAAAUUUCUUGUUAAUUAACAAACUAUAGUUUUGGCAAGUCGGUUAGGACAAAUACUUUGUGCAUGACACAAGUAAUUUUUGAAUUAUAAGUGAAAUAAUGUAUCACAAUUCCAGUGGGUCAGAAGUUUACAUACACUAAGUUGACUGUGCCUUUAAACAGCUUGGAAAAUUCCUGAAAGUGAUGUCAUGGCUUUAGAAGCUUCUGAUAGGCUAAUUUACAUAAUUUGAGUCAAUUGGAGGUGUACAUGUGGAUGUAUUUCAAGGCCUACCUUCAAACUCAGUGCCUCUUUGCUUGAAAUCAUGGGAAAAUCAAAAGAAAUCAGCCAAGACCUCAGGAAAAAAAUGGAGACCUCCACAAGUCUGGUUCAUCCUUGGGAGCAAUUUCCAAUUGCCUUAAGGUACCACGUUCAUCUGUACAAACAAUAGUACGCAAGUAUAAACACCAUGGGACCACACAGCCGUCAUACCGCUCAGGAAGGAGACGCGUUCGUUCUCCUAGAGAUGAACGUACUUUGGUGCGAAAAGUGCAAAUCAAUCCCAGAACAACAGCAAAGGACCUUGUGAAUAUGCUGGAGGAAACAGGUACAAAAGUAUCUAUAUCCACAAUAAAACGAUUCCUAUAUCGACGUAACCUGAAAGACCGCUCAGCGAGGAAGAAGCCACUGCUCCAAAACCGCCAUAAAAAAGCCAGACUACGGUUUGCAACUGCACAUGGGGACAAAGAUCGUACUUUUUUGUAGAAAUGUCCUCUGGUCUGAUGAAACAAAAAUAGAACUGUUUGGCCAUAAUGACCAUCGUUAUGUUUGGAGGAAAAAGGGGGAGGCUUGCAAGCCGAAGAACAGCAUCCUAACCGUGAAGCACGGGGGUGGCAGCAUCAUGUUGUGGGGGUGUUUGCUGCAGGAGGGACUGGUGCACUUCACAAAAUAGAUGGCAUCAUGAGGUAGGAAAAUGAUGUGGAUAUAUUGAAGCAACAUCUCAAGACAUCAGUCAGGAAGUUAAAGCUUGGUCGCAAAUGGGUCUUCCAAAUGGACAAUGACCCCAAGCAUACUUCCAAAGUUGUGGCAAAAUGACUUAAAGAAAACAAAGUCAAGGUAUUGUUUUAUUUUACCAGGUAAGUUGACUGAGAACACGUUCUCAUUUGCAGCAACAACCUGGGGAAUAGUUACAGGGGAGAGGAGGGGGAUGAAUGAGCCAAUUGUAAACUGGGGAUUAUUAGGUGACCGUGAUGGUUUGAGGGCCAGAUUGGGAAUUUAGCCAGGACACCGGGGUUAACACCCCUACUCUUACGAUAAGUGCCAUGGGAUCUUUAAUGACCUCAGAGAGUCAGGACACCCGUUUAACGUCCCAUCCGAAAGACGGCACCCUACACACAGGGCAGUGUCCCCAAUCACUGCCCUGGGGAAUUGGGAUAUUUUAUUAGACCAGAGGAAAGAGUGCCUCCUACUGGCCCUCCAAUACCACUUCCAGCAGCAUCUGGUCUCCCAUCCAGUGACUGACCAGGACCAACCCUGCUUAGCUUCAGAAGCAAGCCAGCAGUGGUAUGCAGGGUGGUAUGCUGUAGUGGCCAUCACAAAGCCGUGACCUCAAGCCUAUAGAAAGUUUGUGGCCAGAACUGAAAAUGUGUGUGUGAGCAAGAAGGGCUACAAACCUUACACCAGCUCUGUCAGGAGGAAUGGGCCAAAAUUGAACCAACUUAUUGUCGGAAGCUUGUGGAAGGCUACCCGAACCGUUUGACCCAAGUUAAACAAUUUAAAUGCAAUGCUACCAAAUACUAAUUGAGUGUAUGUAAACUUCUGACCCACUGGGAAUGUGAUGAAAGAAAUAAAAGCUGAAAUAAAUAAUUCUCUCUACUAUUAUUCUGACAUUUCACAUUCUUAAAAUGGUGAUCCUAACUAACCUAAGACAGGGAAUUUUUACUAGGACUAAAUGUCAGGAAUUGUGAAAAACUGAGUUUAAAUGUAUUUGGCUAAGGUGUAUGUAAACUUCCAACUUCAACUGUAUGGCAGGACCAAAUCGGAAAGAUAGGUAGGAGCAAGCCCAUAUAAUGCUUUGUAGGUUAGCAGUAAAACCCUGAAAUCAGCCCUUGCCUUAACAGGAAGCCAGCGUAGAGAGGCUAGCACUGGAGUAAUAUGAAUAAUUUUUUGGGUUCUAGUCAGGAUUCUAGCAGUUGUGUUUAGCACUAACUGAAGUUUAUUUAGUGCUUUAUCCAGGUAGACGGAAAGUAGAGCAUUGCAGUAUUCAAAUCUAGAAGUGACAAAGCAUGGAUUAAUUUUUCUGCAUCAUUUUUGGACUAAGUUUCUGAUUUUUGCAAUGUUACUUAGAUGGAAAAAAGCUGUCAUUGAAAUAGUCUUGAUACGUUAGUCAAAAGAGAGAUCAGGGUCCAGAGUAAAGCCAAGGUCUUUUCAGUUUCGAGACGACUGUACAACCAUCAAGAUUAAUUGUCAGAUCCGGCAUCACCACUUUAUUGCAGACAUUAAAUAAAACAGUUAAAGUAUAAAUAUUGCCAAGUAAUUUUGCUAAGUAAAGACAGCGUGAUAUGGGGAAGAGUGGGUAGGUGAGGCUGUGUUUUUAUGCCACUCCCCUAACCUUUAACUAAAGAGGUUGUGCUGUCUCAAAACAAAACUAUACACGCCACACUAAGAAGAGCCAACAUCACUGCUGCCUUGCUACUGUAUCAGUCCAGUCUGAAGACUCCGUGGGAAGAAGCAAACUUCAAGACAGGCAAACCUGAAGAGGAUGGGGAUCGGUAGGAGCACUGAGAUUUAUCCACACAAUAUGUGUGGGCGUCCCUGUCUGGGGACCCUGUCCUUCCACAAAGAGGCCUUGGGGACCAAUGUGUGUCUGAGUCUGGGAGGUAGACGUGUGGAGAGGGACAGAGAGACCUUCCAGAAUGGUCUGACUUUCAGCAGUCGUCCAAUCAGGGUUCAGGAGAAGAUACAUCUGCGGGUGGAAUGUUGUGACCAACACUGGCAUGGAGCUCUGCGGCUGGGCUUCACCAUCAUACCGCCCUCCUCCUCUGGGCCCCACUUCCCUCCUGCUGUAGCCAUCCCUGACCUCACCACCACCUACGGGUACUGGGCAUCCACCGUGCCCUCCAGCCUCAUCAUGCCAGGGGCAGAGCUCCGCUUCUGGGUGACCCCUCGAGGAAUGCUGGUUUACGAGGGGCCAAAUGGUUUGAGGUACAAGCUACUGAAGGGGGUGGAUGUGACACACCCCCUAUGGGCCAUGAUAGAUGUCUACGGACAGACCAGAGCUGUGCUCCUAUUGGGAUCAGAAAAGAAAGACUUAAUGUUGCGGAUCCGGAGGUCCUGUCCUGUCCCACCUCCUCCCUCUGUGUCUCAUAGGGACAGCUGCAUGUGUGUGAACAAGGGUCACCCCUGUCGCACUCCUCAGGACUACAGGCUCUCUGCUGACCCUAUCAUUACCACACAGAUGGACCCCUCUAUAGAUCGGGACUUCGCUGAAGAUUGCGUGGUGUGUCUAUCUGCUAGAGCUUCUGUGGUCUUUCCCUGCGCCCACCGCUGCCUGUGCCUUCGCUGCGCCCUGCGGGUCACGGCCGAGUUUGGAAACUGCCCGCUGUGUCGCCAGUCAAUCAGAUACAGCGACGAGGAUAGGUGGAUAAAAAGUUGACCAACCGAUGGGGAAAGGAGGGAGAAAAGCAAAGAUGAUCAAAUCAGCAUUAUAUUAGUACAUAAUAUUGUAAACAUUUCCCUUAUGUUCUUUUUUAUAUCAACUGUCUAUUUUUCACUGUGACUUAUGUUAUAGUGUAGGCAUCUAUACUACAUGUGGGCAUCUAUACUUGAUGAAGAACAUGUCACUGUAUUAGAUGUUUUAUUUGUCAAUGAAUCGAAAUGUAAA